GGUACAACUCACGUUGUUGCGAAUGAAUACUGUAGCGGACUAGUCGGACACCUACGAACGGGGUUGUAGCCGUCUGCGCUGACCGCUUCGCCAGACAAAUACAACGGAUGGUAGCCAGUUUCAGUUGUGCUCGAUAGCCUAUCGAAUCUGUUAACCACAACUACUACAAUGAGAUACUUACCUUCGUUUCUUAUUUUGCUACACGUAAAUUGUACCACAGCUUGUUCAGGACCGUCGUAGCUCGAAAACAUGGGCGAUGUAGUCCUUAGAAUUUCUGCGCUUGUCAACUUCGUCUUAAGAUCAUCUCAACAUAGGAUUCAGCUGCCAUGGAACCAAAGCACAAGUAAAAAGUAAACGUCCAAUAGAUGAAGGAUUCCAAUAUCCUGUUGUGUUUGUUGUUGGAAGUAACAUACAUUCAAGUACAACUAAGUUUGUGUUUGUGAGUCGCAAGCAUUUAUCAACUUGAGUUCGUAUAGUCAUUCGGCAGUACAUACUCGCCUGCUGCUAGGCAAAAGAGUAACUUUGAUGCCGCUAUCAUUGUAUUGCUACUGAAAGCGUUAGUAAUAUUAGUAGUAGAACUAUCUGAGCGGCUGUGCAACUACGGUCGUAGGAUCCUCGGAAUUAUACAGCCGUCAGGUCACUCGCAGGCCGAUUGAAUCGGAUGGAUUACCUUUGCCCUAUCGUCGUUGCCUGUCAAGUCUGUUCAAUUCUACCAUACUCUCUAGUGGUUCAAUCUGUAUCUUGCGUUGUGCGGCCGACUAUGAUAUAAGCUCUCGUUUCAUAUAGCCGUGUACUAUAGUCAUGCAACAGCCGAUCGAGAGUAGUUGGUCAUACACAAUCGUAAUGCCGUGCCCAUCGUAGCUGAGUUGCUACCACCCUGCCACUAUUACAACUGCAGUAGCUGCCAUAGUGGUCAAGCGGCGGAGGUAACAAUGGAAGUCGUAUGGCGGUCGUUUUCGUAGUACGAGCGUGAGCUAUCCGUGUCCCCACUGUCGUCGUCAUUCGGUUCCCCCGAACAACUAAAAGGCCAUCUGCGGUUUACGCUGAUUGCUGCGAUUCGUGUGCUGUGUGCCCCUAGAAGACAACAACAGCAGCAGCAGCAGCGGGAAUGCUAGUCUCUCCUCAAGGCAAGUCGAGACAAUCACCGAACGCCGCUUCUGUUACCGCUGCUGUUUCUGUCACUAGCGUAGUGGUCAGCUGCGGGUUAGCAACAACUGCCGCUUCUGGAAAGUGGAGUCCGCAGUAGUGGCAGUGAGGAGCUAGUGGCAACGAAGUGCGUCCAUCAUCAACCGCCAUGCGACGCUUUCGUAGCAGCGGCGUCGAAGUAAGUGUGUGACAGUAUCUAACAGGUAGAUGUGUAGUGGUUCGGCAGACGGACAACAACAGCAACAGUAGGAGCACAUUAGGCUACAUUUACCGCAUUUGUCCGUCGCUGGCCACUUGGUCGAUUUGUCCGUUCAGUCGAAGUGACAGUUUGCGUCGUUGCAGCCAGAGCAACAGGUGGCGCUGUUGUUGUUGUUGUUGUUGUUCGUUUAAACAUCGAUGUCGCUGUCGUCGUCGUCGUCGUCGUCGUCAUCAUUCAAUAGCAUCAGCGAGACCACAGUUGAUUUUCAUUACAAUCAUCAUCAUUGUCAUCGUCAGCACGAAAGGCAGCCGUGAGUUUUUUUUUGCCAGAGGAGGUCUUUCAUUGUAACUGCAAAACACCAGACCUCAUCCAGCUGCCAGAAGCAAAUCUAGAAGAGGUUUGUGUGUUUCUAAUCAUAAUGUGUAUACGCCCAUCCUGCAGUGAUGAUGAUAUGCGGUGAAAGAUGAAGACAUGAAAAGCUCGAGAAUGACAACCUAGAAAAAAUAUAGACCACUCGCCAACUGUCAACAGUCUCUUCAGCAAGAGUCACGCAGUAUUGCUGGCAUGCAAACAGUGCUCAUAUAGAUUUAUGAAAAGGAGAGGGCUAGCUGAUUUGUGGUAUACAUGUAAUUUCGUGUCGUGGAGGAAUACUACAUGCUAAACGCUUGGGAACCCCUCGGGAAUUUUGGGGAGUUCUGUGAAACAUUUGAAAAUUUGAAAAAAUUAAAAAUUCUCCUGGGACUUAAGGCAACAUUAGGUGCAUUGGUAUGCGCCACAGAGCGCAAGCGUGUUAACUUUUCACGUACCAGAUAACAUAGUGAAUAUAGGUGACGCAUUGAUUGACUUUUGUUGGCAGGCCCUACGGGGGCUGCCUUUAAAAACCCGCGCGAUGGGAAAAUCGGGCAUGAGACCCGCCCCGGGCCUCUUCACACACAUCCCAUGUACAUCAAUGGGGCGGUGGCACACGAUAUCAACGAUCGUACUGUCAACAAUAGUCAUCACAAUCAUACCAAAGUCCAACGCAUAUGUGCGGCCAGGCAGCCUGGACAGUGCGGGUUUUCCCUCGACGGGACAAUUUGGAAAAAAGGAAAUUUUUUUUCUCAAUUUAGAAGACGGAUAUUUCGGAUGUCAGGUGAACGCCUCGACCGAAGUUCUACAAUUAUUUGAUUUGAGUAAACUUUGUGACGGUGAAUCACAAUGCUUCCAGGGCUCCGACGAAAACUCCAUCAAGCUCAAAUGCCAAGACCGCAAUCACUGCCACCCGAAGAUGGCGCGUUGCCGGAACGGCGCUUGUCUCGAUGGACUCUGCUACUGCAACGACGGAUACGGUGGCAAAGGAUGCGAGAUGCCUGAUGAGAACGAAUGUAAAUACAGGCCUUGUGACGUUUUCGCUCAUUGUACCAACACAAUGGGAAGCUUCUACUGCUCCUGUUUUCCCGGAUAUGAAGGCGACGGGUUCGAGUGUAAAGACGUCAAUGAAUGCGACAUUCCCGAAUUACGUGCUAUAUGCGUCGAGAACUCCGAAUGUUGUAACUUGCCCGGUCACUACGUUUGCAAAUGUCUUGACGGCUUUACCGGAAACGCCACUGAGAAGUGUCACGACCUCGACGAAUGUCAUGAUCCUGGGGCGUGUGGACAUCAGGCAUCGUGUCGUAACGCGGCUGGUAGCUAUUUGUGUGAAUGCCCGCCUGGUUUAACGGGCGACCCAUACACGGCAUGCAAUGACCUGGACGAGUGCGAGGGCGCUCCUCUUUGUGGACCCAAUGCUAUCUGCCACAACUCCAUUGGUAGCUUUUCCUGCUCCUGCUUACCAGGGUAUAGAUUUGCCGAUCCAAACCAGCCUCAUAAAGGCUGUAUAGAUGUGGAUGAGUGCGCGUCAUCGGGAAGUUCCCAGGGCUCUAUCUGUGGGGUUCAUGCUAUUUGUCAUAACACGCCCGGCAGCUUUUACUGCCAAUGUGAAGUAGGCUACACCGGUAAUCCUCGACUGGGUUGUCAGGACAUCAACGAGUGCCAACACCAAAUAGAUAAUACCUGCGGUCAGAAUACACAAUGUAGUAACGUACCCGGCAGCUAUCGUUGUGAGUGCAAACCUGGCUGUGAAGGGGAUCCCUAUUCACCCAAAGGAUGCCAAGACGUUAACGAAUGCACGACGAACCCUUCAGUUUGUGGACCGAACUCGCGCUGCGUAAAUGACUUCGGUUCAUACCACUGCGUCUGCGCUGAGGGCUUUGAGGGUGAUCCAGCGGUCGGAUGUACAGAUAUCGACGAAUGUUUACAAAGCACAUGCGCAUAUGGCUCGCUAUGCUACAAUUUACCAGGUUCAUUUAGAUGUGAGUGUCCGCGCGGAUACACGGGCGAUGCGCUCCAAUCCUGUGAGAGGGAUGUGGUUGAAGUGGCUUGCCAGGGUGAUCACAAAUGUACAGAGCACGCGCAUUGCGUAGAUGGCAUAUGUCAAUGUAGGAAUGGUUAUCAGGUUGCGUCAAAUGGGAGAGACUGUGUCGAUAGAAACGAAUGCCUCAGCCGCGGUACGUGUGGACGUCACGCGGUUUGCGUCAACACCGAAGGCGCUUACCUCUGUCAGUGCAAAGCCGGCUACGAAAAGGUGUCACCCGACCCACGGGCGAAAUGUCGUGACAUGGACGAGUGCGCACAAUCAUCAUUCCCUUGCGGUUUAAACUCGAAGUGCAUCAACACAGAUGGCGGAUUUCGCUGCGUCUGUCCCGAUAACCUCAUCGGCAAUCCGAAGGAAGCGUGCAUUUCCCCUUGCGACGCCGUUCAAUGUGGUACGCAUGCGACAUGUCAGGCGAACGGGAGGGAAGCGGCUUGUAUAUGCGACAUUGGUUUUACAUUCAAUCCGUCGGAUAUUGACGCGGGCUGUGUGGAUGUAAAUGAGUGCGGAAUAGAACAUGGUCCGUCGGGUUUGUGCGGCGUAGGCGCGUUCUGUACGAACGUCCCUGGGAGCUUCCAUUGCGCGUGCCCACCUGGAUUUACGGGCAACCCAUUUAUCCAAUGCGAAGACAUCGAUGAGUGCUUAUUGGGCGGCCCGUACGGCGCAUGCGCUUCCGGCGCUCUGUGUACAAAUCGAGUAGGAUCCUUUUCCUGUCAUUGUCCAGCAGGCUUUACCGGAAAUGGCCACAUUAAGUGUUCUGACAUCAAUGAAUGCUCGACAGCUUUUGGUCCAAACGGAAAAUGCGGACGAAACGCUUUAUGUACUAAUAUUCCUGGAAACUUCUCAUGCCAGUGCCCGCCCGGUCACACGGGAAAUGCAUACGACGGAACCGGAUGCGCUCUUCUGUCAAUCUGCUCGUCCCGCAGUGACUGUCCCGGACACUCUGAUUGUCGACAGGGCCAAUGUUUCUGCAUGGCUCCGAAUUUCGGACCAGAAUGCAAAAAUCCAUGCGAUCUAAUUUUCUGCGGUAACCACGCUACCUGCGAAUUGGAUGAUAACGACGGCACAAUGUGCGUUUGCUCACAUGGAUACACCGGCCACUCAAACUCAUUGGGAGGUUGUGUAGAUAUAGACGAAUGUCACGCCCAGGAAAAAGCGUGUGGUCCCGGCGCAGUUUGUCGAAAUCUUCCAGGAUCAUAUGAAUGCGUAUGCCCUCACGGCGCCUCAGGGGAUCCCUAUGCAGGCUGUCUGUACAAGGAGAACCAAGUCGUUCACGCGUGUUCACCCUCAAAGCCCCAAUCGUGCAGUUUAAACGAGGAAUGUGUUGCCAUCGAUGGUCGAAACGACUGCGUUUGCCGAAGGGGAUUCACGUUCGACGUGCAACUCGGACGUUGCAGAGAUAUUAAUGAAUGUACAGAGUUUCGCCAGCGCGAGCCAUGUGGACGCAACGCCUUCUGUCAGAAUCUUGAUGGCUCGUACCAAUGUCAAUGUCCUGCAGGCUAUAUUGGUGAUCCCUAUGAUUGCUGCCAUCCUGAGGCUCUCGAGUGUCGAAAGGACGAAGACUGCGUUGGCAAUACGGUGUGUCUCAAGACAUUCAGAAACGAGACUGGCCGAUGUGGUUGUCACCCACCAUUUCAGCGCGAAGGAGACUACUGUGUCUUGUUGGGUCAAAAUUGCACAACGUUAACUCCUUGCUUGGAAAACCACGAAUGCGUCUUUACCACUGCUACGACAGGUUAUUGUAUUUGCCCAAAAGGAUACACUCUCGAAGCCAACGGGAAAUGCCGAAAUAUUAAUGAAUGCACCGAGGUUCGAGGCUUCAACCCCUGCGGCCCUAACUCACAGUGUCGCGACCUCGUUGGAUCGUACCAGUGUCUUUGCGCACCUGGUUUUACCGGAAACCCAAAACAGGGCUGCAGCCCUAUCAAGAUGCGCUGUCGUGGCUCAAACGAUUGCUCGCCAAAUAAACAGUGCGUUGAGUCAACUUGCCAUUGUUUGCCACCGUUCGUCGCCGACGGGGACGUAUGUAAAGAUCCUUGCGACUGGAUGCAGUGUGGUCAGUUUGCGAUCUGUGCCGUGGACGCCCGUGGCCAGCCAACGUGUUCCUGUAAAGCGGGUUGUUCCGGUGAUCCGUAUACAGGGUGCGCGGAUGUGAAUGAGUGCACAGCGAACCUGCCAUUGGAUCCAAAUGGACCUUGCGGCUCCGGCGCUACAUGCAUCAAUCUCGUCGGAAGCUACAAGUGUGAGUGUCCGCCUGGAACUCAGGGCAACCCAGCAAUCGGUUGUGAAGGUCGGAGUGGUGACUGUCGCUCGGAUGCCGAUUGCCCUGCGACGGCUGUGUGUGACGUUAAAGGGGGCGUGUGCUACGAUCCUUGCCUCAUCUUCCAUUGUGGGCCGAACUCCAGCUGUGAACCUGAGGGACAUAAGGCAACUUGUUGGUGCUUACCUGGAUUCGAAGGCGAUCCAUACAACCAGGAAUCCGGCUGUCGUUCCCCGUGCGUUGAUGUUUGGUGUGGCGUCAACGCUCAGUGCAUUGUCAACUCGAGAAACAAGGGCGUUUGCAAGUGUCUGCCGGGAUAUAGGGGCAACCCGUGGGAGGGCGGAGAGUGCACACCUGACACCGAAUGCGGCGCAGGGAAACUCUGUCCCCAUCCUGGACAAGAAUGCCAUGAUGGUUGGUGCGUCGACCGUUGUGAGAAUGUCCGUUGUGGCCUCAAUGCUCGCUGUGACCGCGCCAAUGGACUUUGCUCGUGUCUACCAUAUUUCAUUGGCAACUCCGAGGUAAUGUGUGUCCCACCCGUGUUGCCGCCAAUCUGCUCGCCCCGAUGUGGAGCCGGAGCUCACUGCGUCUAUGGUGUACCGAAUUACUGUGUUUGCAACCCCACUCUCUCAGGAAAUCCUUAUUCUGGGUGCUCGGAGACUACUACGAAGCGCUGCUCCUCACGAUUUUGCGGCACAAACGCAAUUUGCUCAGAACUCGGUGUCCUUGACUGCAGGUGCCCCGCUGGACUGCAAGGUAACCCAUACACGGCUUGCACCGAUGUCAAUGAGUGCCUUGGCGGAUCCGUUAGCGUGUGCGGCACAGGAGCGAAGUGCGUGAACACGUUUGGUUCUUUCAAAUGCGUUUGUCCAGCUGGAUACAUUGGAAAUCCGUUAUUUGCGUGCACUGCAAUAGUCGCCUCUCCUCCUGGCAUUGGGGGCGUCCCCGGUUUGCCCAUCGGCGGUAUUUCUGGUCCGUCGUCGCCGCCACUGCCGCCGCCUACCGGCCAACGACCGCCAGUUCAACCAUCAACAAUUGACCAAACGCCACUGCCGCCGAUUCCGCCACUGCAAGGACGUCCGUCGUUACCUUCACCACCUUCGAUUCCGCAACUGCCACAAUUGCCUUCACCGCCUUUACCACAGCUUCCAUCGAUACCAGCGUUACCUGGAUUUCUUCCAGGCAGCGGUCCCCGUGGAGGUGGAGCAUCUCCAACGGGACCUCCUGCGGCAGCAGCACCACCCGUGGCUCAGACGCCCACUACAGAGACGCUCGCACAGGGAGCGCCUAUCGAUGACUGCGAAUCGCAUGAUCAGUGCGGCCACAACGAGCUUUGUGUUCGUCGACGAUGCAUCCGUCCAUGCGACAGUCGCCAGUGUGGCCAGAAUGCAUACUGUAUAGUUGAAGAUGACCAUGCCCUGUGCAAGUGUGAAAGCGGCUUCAUCGGGCGAUCCGAGGAUCAACAACUCAGAUGCUCUCCAGCCAAAGCAGCCAUCUGUGCGGAUGUGCAAUGCGGUCCAAAUGCUGCGUGCGAGGAACAUCAAAAGCGGCCAGUAUGUACGUGCAAGUCUGGUUUUGGUGGAGACGCAAACGAUCUUAUUCGGGGUUGUGCCGCCAAGGCCCAGGAUGAAUGCCAUCAGGACCCAGAUUGUCGUGAGGACCACGAAUGUAAACUGGGUCCAAAAGGUGUUAAACAAUGCCGCGAUGUCUGUGAAGACAAACUUUGCGGACCAAAUGCCAAUUGUCUUGGUGAAGUUCAUAAGGCUAUUUGUGAGUGUCUUCCUGGCUUCGUUUUUGACGGAACCGGAUGUCAUGUUCCAGAUGACUGUCAGGUAAAUGGAGACUGUCUUAUCCACGAAGUCUGCAAGCACCAGUCCGAAGGCAACAAAUGCGUCGACGUAUGCCUAUCGCAGCAGUGCGCGCCAAACGCUCGCUGUCAAGCUGUGAAUCACCGUGCCACAUGCGUCUGUCGAGAUGCAUUCUUUGGCAAUCCUAACGACGCAGGCCGAGGCUGUCAACCAAUCCUAGAUGACUUCGGCUGCCUUCACGACGCAGACUGUUCUGAAGCUGAACGCUGUCUCCCCAACGCUCAAGGCGUACGUGCGUGCGUGAGCACGUGUGCGAAAACACGCUGCGGCCCACAUGCACUUUGCAUCGGCCGAGAGCACCGACCCGAAUGUGUCUGUCGAGAAGGAUUUGCCGGAAAUCCCGCCGACUUUUCCAUUGGCUGUCAAGAAAUUCGACUAGACACGUGCAACACAAAUGCCGACUGCCUCCCAUUUCAGGCGUGUAAGGCCACACCAGUGGGUGUUCGCUGCUGUGUCGAUGUCUGCCUCGACCGUCGUUGUGGACCGAAUUCCAAUUGUUUUGCCGAGGCGCAUCAGGCCAACUGCGAAUGUCUUCCAGGAUUUGCGGGCAACCCAGCAGAUCAGAUUAGAGGCUGUCAACGACAUCUUUGUGAGAAUGACGGAAACUGUGGAGAGGCAGAUACUUGCGCCCUAACCAGAGUCGGCAUCCGGAACUGUACUGAUGUCUGCUUGGACAAACGCUGCGGGCCUAACUCCGAUUGUGUUGGCAUCGGCCAUCGCGCAUCGUGUGUUUGCCGACCAGGCUUCGAGGGAAUCGCCGACGAUAUACGUGAAGGAUGCCUCCCCUCUCCUAAAUGCCGCACCAACAGCGAUUGUCAGGGAGAUGAAAUCUGUGCGGUGGACGCAUCGGGAGUACGGGCUUGUCUUAUCGGUUGCGCAACCGUCCUCUGUGGCCACAACACCCAUUGCCGAACUGAAAAUCAUAUUACCGAGUGUCGGUGCCAUGACAACUUCGUCGGUGAUCCAUACAACCGUGAUACCGGAUGCACACCUCUUCCAGAACGGUGUUACACUGAUCAUGACUGUCCGUCGAUCGCAACCUGUAAACGGGGGCCUGACGGAAAAAAGGACUGUUUCGAUGCUUGUGACGGCUACCGUUGUGCCGAAGAAGCUGUUUGUACUACAAUCGACCACCGACCCACAUGCGAAUGUCGACCUGGGCUGGUUGGGGACCCAUUCGUUCGAGGAUGCAGAAUUCCAGACGAGUGCGAACGCGACACGGAUUGUGCCGAUGAUCUGAUUUGUCGUCCAGACCUUACGGGUUGCCGAAAGUGCGUUCCCAUUUGCGUGUACGAAAAAUGUGGCCCACAUGCAAUCUGCGUGGGUAUUCGUCAUAAGGCUCACUGCAGUUGCGAGCCUGGAUUUGAGGGUGAUCCCUAUAACCCCACUGUUGGCUGUAAGAUCCUAGCACCAGUUAUUGAGGGCUGCCAACUGGACGACGAUUGUACCCAAAGUGAGAUUUGUGUCCGUGGCCACAAGUGCGUUCCUGCAUGUGAUCGCCGUCAGUGCGGGCCUAACGCUGUCUGCCAUGCAUUCAACCACCGUGCCCAAUGCGCCUGCCUUGAAGGGUUUAAAGGAGAUCCCGACAACCCUAUAAAUGGUUGUCGUCGCAAGGACGAAUGCACAGCCGAUGAAGACUGUUACGCGAAGCACGACGUCUGCCGUGCGGACAACACCGGUGAACGUCGCUGUGUGCACGCUUGCAGAUACAACAAGUGCGGCUUUAAUACGCGCUGCGUCGCCGGGGAGCACAACUAUCAUUGCGAAUGCGUCGAAGGCCACGUCCGCGAUCCGGGUAAUCUGUUUGCGUGUGUUCCACGUGCUAUCGACGAAUGCAGGAACCACACCAUGUGCCCGAGCACCGCCCAGUGCAUUCCUAAUUCACUCGGGGUGUUUCGGUGUGCAGAGGUGUGUAUCAGCUUCAGCUGUACACCUGAUGCCGACUGCAUUCCCCUUAACCACAUGGGACGCUGCCGAUGUCGUGAAGGUUUCACUGGAGACCCGAACAGUCGCGAGGGAUGCCGAACGAUUCCCGAACCAGAGUGCAUCGCCCAUUCGGACUGUUCUCUACCUACCCAAGUGUGCCAAUUUGACGAGCAUUAUGGCGAACGACGAUGUCAGGACGGAUGUCGCUUUGUGAAAUGUGGACCACGAGCCAUCUGUGUAGUUGACAAUCAUCUUCCAAAGUGUGCCUGUCCUCACGGAAACUAUAUCGGUGACCCCUACGAUCAACGUGACGGCUGCCGCCAGGUCGAGUGUCUCAAAGACGAGGACUGCCAUCCAAAGAAAGCUUGCUUCCCUAACUUCUACUGCGAGGAUCCAUGCGUCGAUGGAUGCGGAAUAAACGCUGCCUGCGUAGCACAAAACCAUCAACGCAUCUGCCAUUGUCGACCCGGCUACACUGGUGACCCACUCGUCCGUUGCGAAGAAAUUCACUUCUGCGACUCGAACCCAUGUCACUUAUCCGGGAAGUGCGUUGACACACCCGGCGGCUAUGAAUGCGUUUGCCAAAACGGCUUUAUUGGCGACCCAUAUCGCCAGGGUUGCCGACACCCGAACUCAUGUCCAAACGGCAACGGUGACUGCCCUGGACAUUUGGCCUGCUUCCCCGACCAUAAAGGAUCCCCCAUGUGUCAAAACCCAUGCGACCACUUCUCUUGCGGACCGAACACACAGUGCCGCCCAGAUAACAAACACGGUGCCGUUUGUGAAUGCCUCUCCCACUUUCGGGGCGAUCCGGCUGCCGGCUGUGUGCGUGAGUCUUUCGGAUGUCUACACGAUGCUGACUGCGCAGGAGGAUACGUCUGUUUGGAUGCUCAAUGUCGAUUGGCUUGUAGUCGAGAGAAUGAUUGCGCUGUCGGUGAGAAAUGUGUCGGCUCCCGUUGCGUGCAUAUGUGCUAUUCGAACAAUGACUGUCCUCCUAAGGAGGCCUGCCUAUCUAACGGAUACUGCCAGAUUGGAUGUCGCACGAACGCCGACUGUCCCUCGGAAGAGACUUGUAGCCAGAACCGUUGCCAAAACCCGUGCCUUAUCAGAGGUCUAUGCGGACCUAAUGCCAUCUGUACCGUGCGAAACCAUGAGGCAUACUGUUCAUGUGCUGAUGGUUUAGUCGGCAACCCUACCCCACAAAUUGGUUGCACACGAGCUGUGCUCACUUGCACAGGACGCGGAAGAGGUGACUGUCCUAGCGGCUUGUCUUGCUUCGAGAAUCGCUGUCGAGCUACUUGCAGUGGUUGUAUCGUUGGCGAAGCCUGUGUUAGGGACUUCUGUAUGUCGUCGUGCGCGGGUGACAGUGAAUGUCCCGCGGGAGAACUUUGUAUCCAUGGUCACUGCCAGUUUGGCUGCCGAACAGACAACGACUGCCAAGUACAUCAGGUCUGCUCACUUAACACUUGUCAUUGUAAACCAGGAUUUAAGGAAACGCCAUAUGGGUGUGAAGAUAUCAACGAAUGCAUCGUGGACCAUCCUUGUCAUAAGAGUGCCAUUUGCCAUAACACCCUCGGCAGUUUUCUCUGUAAAUGUCCGGAAGGCUUCAUCGGAGAUGGUUUUACUGGAUGUUCAAACCCUGGCGAAUGCCCACGGGGCGACGUCGAUUGUCCUCAACACGCUGCCUGCGACCGAUCGGGUAUAACGCGUUGCAUCGAUCCCUGCGCUAACAACCCAUGCGGUCCUUAUGCUAUUUGCAGUGUCCUCAACCACCGUCGGCAGUGUCACUGCCCUAAAACAGGCCUGUUCACUGGCGACCCUUACGACAAAAAUCGAGGAUGUAUUGCUGUGGAUUGCCUUGCUGACACUGACUGCCACCUGUCCGAACAUUGCGUGAACUUCGUUUGUCAAAGUCCCUGCGAUAAUGUCAAUUGUGGUCCCCACGGUACCUGCGUCGUUCGAAAUCGUCAGUCUUCUUGCGAAUGUGAUCGCGGCUACGAGAACAAAGGCUUGCUGCAUUGUGUCGAUGUGGAUGAAUGCGCAGGACAUCCCUGCCAUUACACCGCUUUAUGCGACAAUACUUCAGGAGGCUACACCUGCCGUUGUCCCGCUCACCUGGUCGGAGAUCCGUUUGCAAAGCCUGGUCAGCCCGGCUGUCACGAUCCGAAUAUUUGUUUUAACGGAAACAGCGACUGCCCGUCGACGUCCGCCUGUCUUGACGUCAAGGGUACGCCCUACUGUAAAGACCCCUGUGAAGUGUCAAACCCUUGCGGCAGUAAUUCGAAAUGUACCUGCAUUAACCAUCAGCCGGUGUGCAGUUGUGCACCAGGUUUUACGGGUAACCCUAAAGUGCGCUGUGAGGUCGUUGAAUGCAUUGCUGAUGGCGACUGCCGUGACUCGGAGAUCUGCGCGCUUAACAAGUGUGUAGAUGCCUGCCGUAGCAAUGGAAACUGUGGUAUAAAUACGAUCUGCGAAUCGAAGCUGCACAGCGCGCUAUGUCGUUGCAAGGAUGGUUUCCGCGGAAAUCCUAGCAGUGGCUGUAUUAAGAACAUUCCGUGUGACUACGAUGACAACUGUCCGAUCGGUGAAUUCUGCUAUCGAGGCUUAUGCCGACUUUACUGUAAAGCGAACCGUGAGUGUGGCAGCAAUGAGAUCUGCGAGGACGGCCGUUGCCGUGAAGUGUGCCGCGCAAACAGCGAUUGUCCCGAAGGCUUUCGUUGCGUGCUCGGCAACUGCGAACCUGCUGACCGCUGCUUCCACGAUGGCGAAUGCGGUGAGCAACGAAUUUGCCGCUCUUCGCAUCGUGGUUAUGACGCUUGUAUUGAUCCGUGCGAGACCACCCUGUGCGGACGGAAUGCGGUCUGCAUCCCUAACAAGCACAGCGCCAUCUGCAAAUGCCUCGAGGGCUACGUUGGAGACCCGCUCGACGGUCGGGUUGGGUGCAAAAAGGCUGAAUGUUUCCACCACGAAGAUUGUCGCGAUGAUCAAAUUUGUCACGAGAACAAAUGUAUCGACCUCUGCGUGAUUCGCCAAGGUUGUGGGCCAAAUGCACACUGUAUCUCUAAGCAUCAUUCCGCUACAUGUACCUGUCGGGAAGGCUAUGAAGGUGAUCCGGUUAUCGGCUGUGUACUUAUUGACUUCUGUCGCAAAAGCAACCCCUGCCAUCGAACGGCCCUGUGCCGAAACCGAUUCGGUGGCGCUCAAUGCGAAUGUCCACCGGACCGACACAUUGGCAAUCCCAAUGGUCCACCCGGUUGUCGACACCCGAACGAGUGUCCUAACGGUGAUGUCGACUGCCCACCGACUGCCGCUUGCAUUCAUGACGGCUCAGUCCCAAUGUGCAAGUCACCCUGCAGUAUUGUGGGCACCUGUGGACCGGACGCCAUUUGUCGGGUUGACAAUCACAAAGCUAGCUGCUACUGCCCGCACGGAUUCACUGGCCAACCUUACGAUCGUGCAACGGGAUGUGUACGAAUCCCACCAUUUUGUGACGAUGAUACCUCAUGUCCUGCUCCCCUGGUCUGCGAGAAGCGCCGCUGUCGACCGCCUUGUUCUGGAAAGGACGAUUGUGCCACCCGGGAAAUUUGUGUUCAUGGUCACUGUAUCCAAGGCUGUCUUGAGGACCACGACUGUCUCGACAAGGAGAUUUGUCUGGAAAAGAACUGCGUAGUCGGUUGCCGAGCUGAUUCAGACUGCCGUUACGAUGAAACAUGUAUUUUGAACCAGUGCAAAAACCCCUGUGCUAACCCAACUGCCUGCGGAACGAACGCUGAAUGCCAAACAAUUCAGCACCGUGUCCAGUGUACUUGUCCGCCACGGUUCACCGGUGACGCAUUGGUAUCGUGCGUCCGAGUUUCGGUCGCUUGCCGUACCGCAGUUGAGUGCGGCGAUCAAUACAGUUGCGUGGCGACCCGCUGCCGCGUUGAUUGCUCUACUGACGCCGACUGUGCAUUUGGCGAACGUUGUUUUUCUAACAGUUGCUAUAUCCUUUGUCGAUCAGACUCUGAGUGUCACGAUGGCGAAAUCUGCGUCGGUAACCGUUGUCAGCUGGGUUGUCGUUCCAACGAGCAGUGCCCUGAUCAUUUGGCCUGCGUCAGCAACCAGUGCCGUGACCCGUGCGAAGGCCAGGCGACAUGCGGACCUAAUGCCGAAUGUCGCGUCGCCAAUCAUCGACCGGUUUGUUCCUGUCCUUCGCACUUCGUUGGCAGGCCACAUGCCAAUGUGGCCUGUGUGCGUCGUGCUAUCAUCUGUAGCGCAUCGCAAACUUGUGAACCUGGCAGUGUUUGCUUCCUAGGCUAUUGUCGGUUAACGUGCAGUACGAACCAGGAUUGCGCUCUAAACGAACGUUGCGUUGACAAUCGUUGCCACGUCCAGUGUCACCGUGACAAGGAAUGCUUUGACUGGGAGAUUUGUGAACAUAACUUCUGCAAAGUUGGGUGUCGCGCCGACACCGAUUGUCCUUCGCAUCUGGCCUGCAUUAAGAAUCAAUGCACUGAUCCUUGUGCUAGCCCAGCGGCCUGUGGUACUAACGCUGUUUGCGUCGUCCAUAACCACCGGCCACAGUGUUCGUGCCCCGCCGGACUUCGAGGUGAAGCCGAAAUUGAGUGCGUACGAACAGCUGUAGACUGCCGCACAAACGACGAAUGCGGAGUCGGCCAACGUUGUGAGUCUACCAUCUGCCGCGUCAGCUGCUCGAGUGAUAACGAAUGCUUCGAUAACGAACGUUGCGUCGAACGAUACUGCAGCUUGAUCUGUACUGCGGAUACCGUUUGUCCAAAGAAUCACAUCUGCGAGAAAGGACUCUGCUUCCUGGGCUGCCGAUCUGACUAUGAUUGUCCAUCCAGCGAACAGUGUUUGAACCGUCAAUGCGUCAAUCCCUGUGAGAGCCCUACAGCUUGCGGACCCCAUGCAAAAUGCCAGCCUACCAGCCAUCGCGCCUUGUGCAGCUGCCUGCCGGGCUUCACUGGCGACCCCCAAGUAGAAUGUAAUAAAGUUGAGUGCGUCAUCGAUUCGGAGUGUUCACUCGGCAAAAUCUGUCAGAACUACCGUUGCUAUGAGGGCUGUCGGUCGGAUGCGACGUGCAGAGAUGACCAAUCAUGCAUCAGUCGUCAGUGCCAAAAUCCAUGUACCUUCAUGGGCGCUUGUGGAGCCAAUGCUAUUUGUGUAACGAAGAACCAUCAGCUAACGUGUAGUUGCCCGCCGAAAACAAUCGGCGAUCCAUUUGUGGAAUGUAUCAACGAUCCUGAUGUUUGUACGCGAAGCAGUGAGUGCGGCCCGGAACGUUCCUGUGACAGCGGUCGUUGUGUUCUUAUUGUUGAGUGCCAUCGCGACCCAGACUGUCAGCUCGGUCAUAUCUGUGAAUCCCAUCGUUGUUUCGAGGGAUGUCGCAGUGACUCCAAUUGUCCGGUGAAUCAGGCGUGUCACAAUGGCCAGUGUCGCAACCCUUGCACGAUCCGUGGUGCGUGCGGGGUGCACGCCGAUUGUUUACCCGAACGUCAUCAGGCUCAUUGCUUCUGCCCGCCCGGCCUUACUGGGAAUCCACAAUUCGAAUGCAAGCGAUCGCAGGAUUGUCGUGUUAGUGAAGAAUGCCAACCUGGCUUUGUGUGCCUGCGAGGACAAUGCGCUCCUGCCGAAUUCUGCGCCUCUGAUAAUGAUUGCAAUCGUGGCGAGAUUUGCGAGAACACUCGCUGCAUCGUGGGCUGUCGUUCGAAUAGCGAUUGCGAUUUCUUCCUUGAGUGUCGUGAGCGCGUGUGCAAAGAUCCGUGCGUUACUGGCGCAUGUGGUAUUAAUGCGCGCUGUCAAGCUCUAGGACAUCAUGCUGAAUGUAGGUGCCCGCAGAACUAUGAAGGCGAUCCCCGUGUGCACUGCAAAGAGAUCCAAGUCGAGUGCCACACUGACAACGAUUGCGGUCUGGAGAAGUACUGCGUCAGCACGCGGUGCAUCUUCGGAUGCCGCGUCGAUGAGCACUGUCCAUUCGACAAGGCGUGUAUUCAAGGUCAAUGCAACAACCCAUGCAGCCAAAUUGGCGCCUGUGGUAUCAACGCACUGUGUCGUCCCCACCAUCAUCGUGCCGUCUGUACCUGCCCACACGACAAAGUUGGUGAUCCCCGCGUACAAUGCACAACAAAGAUUGUCGUCCACGAAAUUCGUACUGAAUGUUCAACGGACCAUCCGUGCACAGCUGGUUUCAUUUGUCGCAACCAUCACUGUAUCCCCGAUGGCUGCUCACACGAUUCCGCGUGCAAUCCCGGCGAAAUCUGCGAACGACGCAAAUGCAUCCCCGGUUGUCGACGCGAUUCGGACUGUACAUUCGACAAAGCCUGCAUUAACGCCCGCUGCAUCGAUCCAUGCAGCGUUCAGAACGCGUGCGGCAUCAAUGCUCAUUGUCGACCCGUCGUCCACCGACCUGUAUGCUCGUGUGUACCAGCCUUUGAAGGUAAUCCGUACGACCGCUGUAGUAAACCCGAGAUCCGUCUACCACCGCCAGAAUGUACUCGUGACCCUGACUGUACGCUUGGGAAGAUUUGUGAACUGCAGCAUUGUAUCGAAGGCUGCCGAAGCGAUGAUAACUGUCCGUUCGAUCGAGCCUGUUACAGCCGCAUCUGUCAAAAUCCGUGCCUUCAGCCACACGCCUGUGGUAAGGGUGCCAAAUGUUUGCCAGCUUCCCAUCGUCCUGUCUGUACGUGUUCAGCCGGACUCACUGGAGACCCCGCGUUCGAGUGCACAGUUCCAACUCAGGAAUUCUGCUUCCACGACGCCGAUUGUCCUCUGGGCCGCAUCUGCGAGAAGGGCUUCUGCGUCGACGCAUGCCGAACUGAUGAUGCUUGUCCAUUCGAUCAAGCCUGUAUCCGAAAUCGAUGUCAAAAUCCGUGCAGUUUCGAAUACGUUUGCGGUCUCAACGCUGACUGUAAGGCAGCCAACCAUAAAGCGGUUUGCCUGUGUACUCCCGGUCUUACUGGUAACCCACUUGAGCAGUGUGUCGAGGUACGGGAGGCUGGGUGUUACCACGAUCGAGAAUGCCCAUUCGGUCAAAUCUGUAUAACCAAGGAUUGCAUCGAAGGCUGCCGAACGGACGAUCACUGUUCGCCGCUGGAAGCUUGUUAUCGUGGAAAAUGCACUAACCUGUGCAAACUUCCAGGCACUUGCGGAACUGGCGCGACCUGCGUAAUGGAGGCUCAUCGACCUGUAUGCAGCUGUGAACCAGGUUAUAUCGGGGACCCGCGUUUCGAGUGCCGUCUCUCGCCGCCCGAGCAGCCGAAAGAGUGCGAAAUAGACUCUGAAUGUCAGCUACGCCACAUAUGCGAAUCGCAUAAAUGUGUCUUCGGAUGUCGUUCAGACCAGCGCUGUGGUCUUGAAGAGGCCUGCGUCAACGGUAUCUGCCAAAAUCCCUGUUCUGUAUUCGGCGCCUGCGGCCGUAACGCACUUUGCACACCUAUCAACCACCACGCUGACUGCACGUGUCUGCCCGGGCAUCGAGGCAAUCCUGCCGUUGUCUGUGUUAAAGACGAACCGAAGCCUGAGUGUACACGCGAUAUUGAGUGUCCACUCGGAUUCAUUUGCGACAACCAGCGCUGCAUUGAGGGCUGUCGCCAUGACAACAACUGCGCAAACGACCGUGCAUGCAUGAACGGCCAAUGUGAGCUCGUUUGCAGGUUGCCAAACGCGUGCGGUAUUAAUGCACUCUGCCAAGCCCGAAAUCACCAUGCCAUCUGCUCAUGCCUGCCAGGAUUCCAAGGCGACGCUCGCACAGAAUGCAAAGAGUUGCGGGAACCCGGACACUGCAUUCACGACAGUGACUGCGCUGUCGGCCUCAUCUGUGAAACUGCUGUCUGUGUGCCAGGCUGCCGCACCGACCAUCACUGCGGGUUCCUUCAAGCCUGUAUUCGUCAAACGUGCCAAGACCCUUGCAAACAAUACGGAGCCUGUGGUCUCAAUGCCGUAUGCCGAGCCUGGAACCACGACCGUAUUUGCAGCUGUCUGCCAGACCAUACCGGCGAUCCAAAACAGCACUGCGUCAAAGUUCUGCCCCCGCCACCCGAGUGUGUUCACGACACCGAAUGCCAUUACGGACGCAUUUGUGAGCUGAACAAAUGCAUCGUCGGGUGUCGUUCUGAUGUCAACUGUCCCAUUGACAAUCAGUGCCUCAAUCGUCAAUGUAAGAAUCCUUGUCUGCGUUCUGGAGUUUGCGGACGCAACGCUAUUUGCAACGCCGUACAGCAUCGGGAACUUUGCACUUGUGACCCUGGCUACACUGGCGACCCGGAGAUUGCGUGCGAAAAGGUUCCUGACGGAUUCUGCCGUCGUGAUGAGGAAUGUGGCUUUGGUGAGAUCUGUCACGCCUCGCGCUGUAUUCCGGGCUGCCGAAGUCAUAGUCAGUGUCCGUUCAACAAAGCUUGCAUCAACCGUCUCUGCCAGGAUCCUUGUCUCAUCGGAGGGGUAUGUGGCACGAACACGAAAUGCCACGCAGCCAAUCACGAAGCAAUCUGCAACUGCCUGCCCGGGUACACGGGCGAUCCGCUCACGCGAUGCGAGCUUGUACCCAAGCCAGAAUGCUACCACGACCUCGACUGCGGGGAAGGCUACGUUUGCGUAGAUGGAAGGUGCAAGGACAUCAAUGAAUGCCUACACGGCAGAGGCCCGUGCGGUCACGGCGCCAUAUGUAACAACUUACCCGGUAGCUACCAGUGCACCUGUCCAAGCGGUCUUAUCGGAGACCCAUACUAUGAGCGAUGUCGGCAAAGAGUUGAGGGCUGCACUCGUGACGACGAUUGCAAGAACUAUGAGGCCUGCGACCGAAUUACUGAACAAUGUUAUGACGUUUGUCACAAACCAGGCGUCUGCGGACGCGGUGCGGAAUGCCUAGGCCUCCACCACCGACCCGAGUGUACAUGUCCCAGUGGGCUGCGCGGAAACCCGCACGUUGAGUGCUCCGUUGCCAGAGGCUGCGUACAUCACCAUGAGUGCCCAGGAAAUCUGCAAUGCCUUGGCGAGUACUGUGGUUGUCCACGGCCAUUCCAGCAACGGGGCUUUUUCUGUAUUCUCACUUCGCACAAUUGCACCACCACCAAUCCAUGCUCCGAAAACCAGGAGUGUAUCUAUGACGGACCUGCACAUACCGGUUUCUGCGUUUGCCCGCGCGGCUUUGUUCUCAUGCCAAAUGGCGUUUGCCGAGACAUCAAUGAAUGUGACCAAGUGCCGUUUCCUUGCGCAACUGGUGCACAAUGCUAUAACAAAAUUGGAUCAUUUGAAUGUGUUUGCCCUACUGGGACAAGCGGAGAACCCUACCAGGCGGGCUGUGAGCCGCCGAAGGGUGAAUGCACGACAGAUCACGAUUGUUCAGACCACAAGACGUGCAAUGUAUCUAUUCUGAAAUGCUAUGACCCCUGCCUCGUACCUGAUGCCUGUGGCCACAACGCACGGUGCCGAGCGAUACAUCACAAGGCUCAGUGCGAAUGUCCUGCGGGUCAUACUGGUAAUCCGAAAAUCCAAUGUUAUAAACUUAUUGGAUGCCCACAUGAAUUCCAGUGUCCAGGAAACCUAUUGUGUCUUGAUGGUUACUGUGGUUGCCCCCCUGAUUUCAAGCAUCGACUUGACUACUGCUUCAGGACAAGCCACAACUGCACCACGACGAAUCCCUGCGAUCGGCAUAACGAAGAAUGUGUUUACGUCGGCCGCAAGGAUGGCUUCUGCGUUUGUCCCCGAGGCUUCCGCAUCACACCUAAUGAUGACUGUGUCGACAUCAAUGAAUGCGUGGAAAUCACACCGUGUGGCCAGGCUGCCGACUGUGUGAAUUUGCCCGGCAGCUAUGAAUGCGCCUGUCCACCUGAACACGAAGGAGACCCGUACAAGGGCGCUUGUUUGCGCAUCGAGCCACCAAAACCACGCUGUAUAACCGACGACGAUUGUCCGUUGCACGAGGCGUGUGACCGUUCGAUACCUGAUUGCCGCGAUCCAUGCUUGGACGCUCCAUGCGGUAUCGACGCCAGCUGCCGCGUCCAGAGUCAUCGACAUUCUUGCACAUGCCCACCCGGUUACACCGGUGAUCCGCUCGUGCGCUGUGUGAAGAUUGAGAUCUGCGGCAUCGACUACAAUUGUCCCGGAAACCUAAUCUGUCUCGACGAUCACACCUGCGGCUGUCCCCCAAAUCUGGAACGACGUGGCGACUUCUGUAUCGCGGAAUCGCGUAACUGCACUACCACAAAUCCCUGUCAAAAAAACGAAGAUUGCAUUUAUGUCGGCCCAAAGGAUGGCUUCUGCGUGUGUCCUCGUGGAUUCAGACACAAUCCAGAUCUCACCUGUACUGACAUCAACGAGUGUAUCGAACUGGCUGACCCGUGUGCGCGCAAUGCACUCUGCAUAAACACCCAGGGUGGUUACGAAUGCAACUGCCCUCCCGGCACAGUCGGUGACCCCUACAUUCGCGGAUGUGAAAAACUCGAAGAAGGCUGCAAGAGUAAUGAGGACUGCCCGAACGACAAAAUUUGCGACAAUGGCACCAAACAAUGUAUUUCGCCAUGCUUCAUCUGCGGCCCAUCGGCUAUCUGCACAGUCACCAAUCAUGUCGCACUAUGCACAUGUCCAUCGGAGCUCAUUGGUGAUCCCUACGAUAAGGUCCACGGAUGCUAUGUUCCACCACCACCUAAAACUGAACCACCCAUUCAGGAUACCCCACCAGGAGGUUUGGAUGUUAUGUGUCUCGCUGACGGAGUCCAAGUGCUCAUAUCGCUAGACAACUUCAAUGGCGUAGUCUAUGUAAAGGGCCACAGCCAGGACGAAAACUGUCGUCGAAUUAUUGCCAAUAGCAACUCCCGUGAGACCAUUGAUUUCAAAGUUCUUUUCAACACCUGCGGGCUUGUGCACAUCAAUGGCGAAGCGUCGUUCGUCCUCGUUAUUCAGAAACAUCCGAAACUCGUCACGUAUCGCGCCCGUGCUUACCACAUCAAAUGCGUAUACAAUACUGGAGAGCGCACAGUGACCCUUGGAUUUAACGUUAGCAUGAUUACGACGUCCGGAACUAUCGCCAACACCGGCCCACCACCUACCUGCCAGAUGCAGAUUUGCACAAUCGAUGGCAAGGAAGUAUCUCAGGCCGAGAUCGGAGACGAUCUUUUGCUCAAAGUUACCGUUCAACCCUAUGAAAUCUACGGAGGUUUCGCUCGCGGCUGUAUCGCCAAAACUAUGGAGGACGACGAGGAAGUCCAGUACGAGGUAACCGACAACAACGGCUGUGCGACCGACACCUCGAUCUUCGACAAUUGGAGUUACGAGCCCGAAAGCAAAGUUCUCAUGGCACGGUUCAACGCUUUCAAAUUUCCAUCAUCAAACAAUCUUCGAUUCCAAUGCAGCAUUAGAGUAUGCUUCGGUUCCUGCCCGCCUGUUCAUUGCCAGGGCGUUGACGCUUUCGGCCGUCGUCGCCGACGUCGUCGCCAAGUUGGAGUGGCUGGAGGAUCAGACCUCAACCCCGGAUCAAUCGGGUUUCAGGAGGGCCAGCUUCGUGAAGAAAUCCAGGUGCAAUCAAAUGCCAUCUUGACGUUCGAAAAGAAGGAGAAUCAGAUUGGUCCACUGCAGGAACUCAACGAGAGUCCGGCCAUCGAAGAGAUUGAUACAGUGUGCUUGCCGAAACUUGGCCUUAUAAUUUCGCUUAUUAUCACUACACUGCUGGCACUCGUAGCCGUCGCAGUAGCCAUCUCGUGUUGGCUAAUGGCUUACAGGAGGCGGGCCCGCGCCCCUGGGCCACUACCUCACCCGGCCGAGUUCCCCAACCCAUUGUACACGACCCCAGAACCAACCAUAGCUGAGCCUGCACCAGACUACUACCAGUCGCCGCCUUCGAGGCUUAGUGUUAACUCCCGCAUUCGCUAAGCCUUUGCUUGUUUUGCUGCGAACUUAGCCUCCCCAUAAAGAUACACACUACACCAAACAUAGAUAUGUAGGCGUCACCUCUGACGAGUCUGCCAGGAUGAUACACGCAACAAAAGGGCAAGGCAAGCAGAAGAACUUAACAACACACGAAAGCAAACUGUUAUUUUGUCGGUGGGCGUGAAAUCGGUACUGGAAGUUACCAAGCAGAAAAUGAUGCGUUGCAUGAAUAGACUACUGCCAGAUA